UUGACUAUUAUAUCACAAGACUGCUAGUUGCUUAAUGCUAGUUGUGACAUCACAUGGUGACAUCACCUAAUAAACAAUGCUCAAGGUUCUAUAUCAUCCAACUUCCCAGAACCAGGCAACCCUCCAAUGACCAACAAUGGAAUACCUAGUAAGUGGCUGGAAGAGUACGCCAACAACGUGACCAAACUUAUCUUUGCGUCUGCCUAUAGCAUGAUGGACGACGCUGCCAUCCUUAAAAAAAGAGGCUACAUAAUGGGAGGAAAUUUGGGAGAAGGCUCUUAUGCCAAGGUGAAAUCGGCCUUUUCGGAACGGCUGAAAUUUGACGUGGCAGUAAAAAUCAUAGACAGGAAGAAAGCUCCGCUGGACUUUCUGGAGAGGUUCCUUCCGAGGGAAAUAGACAUCUUAGCCAAAGUGAACCACCGAUCCAUCAUAAAGACCUAUGAGAUCUUCGAGACGUCAGAUGGCAAAGUCUACAUCGUGAUGGAGUUGGGAGUCCAGGGGGAUUUGCUGGAGUUCAUUAAGAGCAAAGGGGCAAUGCCCGAAGACAUUGCCAGGAAGAUGUUCCGCCAGCUAUGCGCCGCUAUAAAAUACUGCCACGAUUCUGACAUUGUCCACCGGGACUUGAAAUGUGAAAACCUGCUUCUGGACAAAGAUUAUCACAUCAAGCUUUCGGACUUUGGCUUCUCCAAACGCUUGACCCGCGAUGAAGACGGCAAAAUUAUCCACAGCAAGACCUUUUGCGGUUCUGCUGCUUACGCCGCCCCAGAGGUGCUGCAAGGCAUCCCCUACGAGCCCAAGAUCUACGAUAUGUGGAGCCUAGGGGUCAUUCUGUACAUCAUGGUCUGCGGCUCCAUGCCUUAUGACGACUCCAACAUUCGGAAGAUGCUGAGGCUGCAAAAGGAGCACCGGGUGCAUUUCCCCAAGUCGAAAAACCUGACCAUGGAAUGCAAAGACCUCAUCUAUCGCAUGCUCCAACCGGACGUCGCCCGGCGGCUCCACAUCGACGACGUUUUGAGCCACGUGUGGAUGCAGCCCCCCAAACCCAAGUGCGUCUCGACGACUUCUGUCAUGAAAAACGGGGAGAGUUCCCGGACUGAGUGCGAUCACAAGCCAAAUCACAAAAGCGAAGUGCAAGUAAGCGGCAAAUCGGAGUCCAAACAGGCUGGACAUUCCCGGCUGGAGGUAGCUGAAGGAGUGGGGAAACUGGGGGAAAUCGUGAAACCAGACAACCUGGCAGACGAUGUAGUGCUGCCCCAGUUUGAGAACACGGAAAUCUGAUACACCUGGAGCAGCAGGUGCCCAUUCACUCAGGCAACAGAGAAUAGGUAGCCCAAAUGCCCAAUCAAAUGGACAAGGUGGUUUCGGGGACGGGAGAAGAUGAGAGAUUAGUGGAGGAAGCAAUCAGAAAAGCAGACUAAAUGAAAAGAAAGUAAAGAGGUUUCUUUAUAAGCACUUUUAUACUUAUAUAUAUAUCGAUACCUAUAAAAGGACACAAUAUUAUUAAAUAUUUUAUACCUUGAUAAAUA